AUGGGGUCAUGUCUGUCUAUUGCCAUUGCGCUCAUCGAAAACUCCUCAGUGACCAGCCUUGACCUUGAAGACAACGGCCUUGGUCUUGAGGGAGUGAGUCACAUCGGCGAGAUGCUUCUGGAGAACACCUUCAUUGUAGACCUGGAGACGAGAAAUCUCCGGGUGCUCAAGCUCAACCACAACUGUUUCCGGGAAGAGGGAGGCAUGGCGCUAGGGGAGUGUUUAGGUUGGAACGACUCUAUAGAGAAGCUGGAGUUGAGCUGGAACCACCUGAGGAACAAAGGUGCCAAGGCCGUUGCGCAUGCGCUGACGAUGAACAGCGCCAUCAAGUACCUGGACGUGUCCUGGAACGGCUUCUACCUGGACGGCUGCAAGGAAAUGGCGCAGGCUCUGCUCAAGAACUCCACUCUCGAG